ACACACACACCGACGGCAGUAGACGGCUCAUCUAGAAGCGAGCGAUUGCCCAUCACGCUCUCCGGUGCUUUAGCGCGGUAGCCGAGCGAGUCCGUCGAUAGUGUCCCCGCACAGGAAUCGCUGCCAGUGCGAGAGCGUGAGAAAAGAAGCAAGGGCCGACUGAGUGCUCGGAGAGUGCUCGAGGAGUGCUCAGAGGUUCCGUGAAAACGUACGGAUCCUCCACUCAUCCCCAUCAGCUGAUCGUUGUCAUCAUCAUCAUCAUUCCUCACCGCGCCGAUAAUGCCGCCGUCGCCUCCAAACACCGUGGAUCGACUGGGUUACUGGGGUAACCAAACUUCCACUCUCGAUUGGUGCGAGUAUAAUUACGAAGUGAGCAUCUAUAUCGCUGAAUUCUGGAAUACGCUGUCGAACCUCUUCAUGAUAGUGCCACCUUUGUGGGCAAUUUAUUUAGGAAUACGACAACAAAUUGGCACUCGACUACUGCUCUGCUACCUCUCCUUGUUGGUCGUUGGCAUCGGGUCGUGGUUGUUCCACAUGACGCUCCUCUAUGAAAUGCAACUCAUGGACGAACUUCCGAUGGUCUGGGGCACAUUGGCAUCCAGCUAUACCUUAUACGACAUCGACGCAGAUGAAUCCAAAGUCAACGUGAAACUCGCACUCGGUCUCGUGCUUUACGGAACGAUCAUAUCGGUGGUCUAUGUUACUAUCAAUAUCCCAGAAUUCCAUCAGGCGGCCUAUGGACUCCUCGUCGCCGUAUCUUUCCUGUACAGUUUCAACUUAGCGCGAAAAAAAUACUUCCCGAUGCGAUGGUUCCUGUUAUCCAUCUGCAUGUACGCAGUUGGUUUCGCCGUUUGGAACAUAGACAACGUUUUCUGUUCCAACUUGAGGACUGUGCGUAGUGGGUUGCCAGGAUUUUUUGCGCCUCUCACGCAGCUGCACGCCUGGUGGCAUUUCUUCGCCGGCUACGGUUCCUAUAUUUCGAUAUUGUAUCUGAGUCAGGCGCGUCUAAAAGCCUUGAAACGCCAUGGACAUGUCAAAGUCGGUUGCAUAGGUCUUUAUGUCGACGUUGGGAGGGAGAAGGUUGCAACUGAAUAGGACAUCUGGUGAUCGUAGGGCAUACUGAGAAUCGCGCCAGCCUUCGUCUUUCAGAAGAGGUGCAUCUGAUCCGAGACAAUCUUUCCACAUCAAUGAGAAGACUUGGGCAUCCUCUUAUCGGAAUUUCUUCUUCCAAAUCAAACAUCGACCUAUGUUUCGUGAAAUUCUUCCUGAUGGCUCGAUUGUAGUUGCUUGGCGAUCACCGGGAAAAGGUCGUAGGUAGUAAUUGAACAAACUGUUUAGGGAGAGAAGAGGGGACCAAAAAGAGGCGUGGCGGGGUUCCAGAACAGAAAUGCUCGA